GUCAUGGGUCAUGGCUUUUAGGCGUCCAACCCAUUGAAGUGCUCUAUUGAAGCGCAUUCAACGUUCUCCAUAGAAGCGCAGUUCUCCAUUGAAGCGCAGUUGCCGUUCUCCGUUGAAUCUAGUUCUUGUAUCCCCCAUUGAAGCAGCUUCUGAGGUUAUAAAGAUGGGGAAGAAGAAGUUUUUUGAUAAGAAAAAAUCAGCAACCUUUCAACUUCUUUCACGGGAUUCUUCUGAUCCUAUAUAUGUUGAGGAGCCGGAGAAUGACCGGGUUUUUGUUCGUGUUGAUAAUAAUCGGGUUAAGAUUAAUGGGUUAGAUGAGGACAAUGAUGAUGAGGAUUACUCGAACGACCCGGAGUCGAUUUAUGCUGAUGCCCCUGAGGAUGGGGGUUAUCAAGGGUUUAGGAGUUCAGGUACACUUCCUGAUCAUGUAAGGAGGGAGAUAUUGGAGCUUGGAUUCCCUGAUGAUGGUUAUAAUUAUCUAAAUCAUUUGAGAGAGAUUCGAAAUACGGGUGGUGGCUCAGCUUAUUAUGAAAAUCCAAAGGCUGAACUUCAUCAACUGCCUAAUGAUGUUAAGGCAUACGAUGCUUCAAGAGUGCGGAUAAAGGAAGCAAGUGAAAUUACAAGUCCUAAAACAUUGUAUAAUGUCGCAGAGAAAACUGUUACUGUGAAAGUACAAAAAGCUGUAGAUCCAGAAAUUGCUAAUUUACUUGAAGACAAUGAAUCAGAAUUUGGUUCUGAUAUUGAUGAAUUGGAGGAGGAUUUUGUUGUUCUUGCAAAUCAUUCAGAGGAAAUAGGAGAUGUGUAUGAAGAGGAGAGUUUGUCUUCUAUUAGUAAUCCUCACGCUGAAGUUCAAACUGGAGUAGCCUAUAACUCUACAGCGGAGGUGGUUCGAAGUGUUAAUGAAGAUAAUAGACCUCAGCGUUUGCUUGACCAACAGUUUGAUAUUCUUGAACAACAAGAAUAUGGGUCAGAUAGUGAUGAUGAUUAUAAAAAUUAUGUAGCCGAAGAAGAAGAUAUAUCACUUGCAGAAAAGCUCAAUAGUGUUCUCAAAGAUCGUGUGGUUGAUGACUUAGAAUUUGAUGGAAAUUACACAGCUCCAGCUGAAAUUCUUCGCCGUUGUGCUGAAUAUGCUGAGAAAUAUGAGAAUGAGGAUGGAAAUGAUAAAGAAGUGGUAAUUGUGGAAGAAAGUAGUGAUGAGUCAGAAAUUUGGGAUUGUGAGACCAUUGUCUCUACAUACUCGAACCUUGACAAUCACCCAGGGAGAAUUGGAGUCCCUGGAAGAAAUCGAAAGAAAAUAUUGGCUGAGACAUUUUCCGGGGCGCUGAAAAGUGGUUCUGACAAGAUUAUUACUCUUGGAGGAAAGGCAAAGCUUCCUGUGGAUUACUUGCCUCAUGGAAAGAAGGAACCUAAAGAGACAGCCAAAGUAGUUGCCAAACCAGAGGUGCCAAAAAGAAAACCACAUGGUCAGGAGACCAAGGAGGAGAAAAAAGAAAGAAAGGCUGCUGUAAAGGAGGAAAAGCGAGAGGCUAGACGUUUGAAGAAAGAUUUGAAGGAACUGUACCGUGAUGAAGCCAAACUUGCUCAGAAAGUUGCUGCUGUUACUGGCCCAUCAUCCAUACAUCUUAUGUAGAUAAGGCUGAGCAAAACUAUCUGAAGAUCCGAAAAUCCGAUGAUCCGAUCCGCAUCCGAUCCGAAAAUUAUGGAUAUCCGAUCCUGAUUUUUCGGAUAUCGGAUCGGAUAUCGGAUAUCCCAAUUUUGGAUUUCGGAUGUCCGAUAUCCGAAAAAGUCGGAUAUCGGAUAUCUGAAAAAUCCGGAUCGGAUAUUGGAUAUCCGAUCCAAUAUCCGAAAUUUACUUGUUUUUCCUUUUUUAUUUCUCGAAUUUUCUAAAAAAAAAAUAUAUAAAAAGAAAAUUCUCGAAGGUCGAAGUAGUGAACCCUAAUUGACCUAAUUCCCUAAACACUCCUCUCUCUCAAACGCAGUCAAGCCUCUCUCUCUCCCCUCUAUCUCUCUCUUCUCGUUCUCUGGCUCUCUCCUCUCAAACUCUCAAGGCUCUCUCCUCUCAAACUCUCAAGGGUCUCAGAUCUCACUUCAAAAGUUCAAAUCCCUUACCUAAAUUGAAAUUUCUG